UCAAGUGAGGUCAGCAGAAGGCAUUUAUCUAAGCAGAGUGCACAGCGACAGUGGAAGAUGCACAGAGUCAGCCUGCCAGAAUCAGGGAGACAUCCAUGGGAAUUGACAGAAGCUCCCAGCUCUUGCUCAGAUUUACUGCAUUACUGGGCUUGGUUUACAACUGAAACUACAGCUUUAGAACUAAAGAGUCUUCAAAUUAAAACUCUUGCUGAAAGGGAAAACACCUCUGACAACUCCUGUCGUCACUCAGAGCACAUUGAAAUCCUGCAUAACAUUUCCUGAACUGGAUUAUGACAUCCCUUGUCGGAUUAUGGUCUCAAGAGAAUGGAGCCAUCAACACACACCAUCACUGAGGACUAAAGACAGGCAUCAACUCAUAAUACUUCCACCUGUCUUCUUCUUCACACCACUCUCCAGCUUCAGAGGGAACAGGGACCCGGAGGUCCCAACACAAGUGUCACAAGUCAGGGAUCAGGGGAUCGCUGGGCUGAGGGAUAGCGCACAGAUCUCUAUCUCACGUUUCAGUAUGUUGUUCAUUGAUCCCCACUGCAUUGUAUUAUAAUGCGCAAAUGGAUGCUGACAUGGAACCUUCAAAAUCUGUUCUCGGGACUGUACCUGCAUGCAAUCUUCCUGUUCAGCAGUGUGUGUGUGGUCUACAGUGACUGCACUCCAGAGCAACUUGCCGCCAUCAUGAACUGCUCCAGACACGAGCGCCACACCAGGAACUACGACUACAUGGAGGGAGGAGAUGUGCGCAUCCGACAGCUGUUCAGCCGCACGCAAUGGUUCCUGACAAUUGAUGACAAUGGCAACAUCAAUGGGACUCAAGAUCCUACCAACUGCCACAGUAUCCUGGAGAUCAGGACAGUGUCUGAGGGCGGCAUACUGGCUAUCAAAGGCGUGAAGAGCCAGUUUUAUAUCUCUAUGAACAAGGCUGGACAGCUGCAAGGCAAGAGGAUCUACAACGAAAACUGCAACUUCAAGGAGGUUUUCCUAGAAAACUACUUCAAUGCUUACUCCUCUGCAAAGUGGACUAAAAAUGGCAAAGAAAUGUUCAUAGCCCUUUCUCAAAAGGGAAGGCCAAUGCGAGGGAAGAAGACCAGGAGGGAGCAUAUAGCAUCUCACUUCAUCCCGAUGAAGUGCAGGGAGGAGGAGAGGAGGGUGGACUGAAAAAGCAGAGGACUAAUGAGUCGUAAAUUUUGUAUGACUUCAAUCACAUAUGUUAACAGACACAUAUAAACUCAUUACCAACAUCACGCUCCACUCUCCUCCAUUUGUAGAUUUGUUAUGUUGUAAUAUGUUGUAAUUUACAUAAGAUAAAGAAACCAAUAUCAGAUGACAUUAAACUAUCCCAAACAUUCUCAAAGAAGACGUUGAAACUAGAAAAUACUAAAAUAUUUGAAAUAACUUUGACUGGUAUACAAACUGUAAAACCACUACUCAAUGUUAUUGUUAUUUUGAGUUAAAUAUUAUAUUUCCUUAUAAAACAGUUAAGUAUUUUCUUAUAAAACAGUAAAAUGUAUUAUGCACAGUCGGGAUUGUAUCCUUUUCCAAAGAUGAUCUACACCCAGCCAGAUGAGGAGACCUGUAUGAUCAACAAGAAAGGUCCAGAAUAGAGAUAUGGCUUGAACACGAUGUGCUGAAGCAAGCUGGACUUGUCUUUUUUUAAUGGUACAAGUGCUCAGAGCACGCAAAAAAACAGAGGCACAAUGAAUUACAAUAACAUGUUCAGUAAAAUAAGAGUAAGCAGGGUUUGAGAAUGAUCUGUUCUGAUCUGUCUGUCCUUCCUGCAUUGAGAACUCUGGUCAGAUGCAUUGUAGCUGUUCACUGAUUCCCUCUUCAUUAUUAAGGUGUGAUUUUGAAAUGCUAAAAUAUUCUGCUGCUGCUGAAAAGAUAUCCAGAUUAAAAUACAAAGUGAACAUAAUAAACGUGUAUGCUAUGCAAUCUCUUUCCAUCCAAAAUUAAUAAUUCUAUACACUAUAACAUCACAUAUUUAUUUAUAAGGAGAUUUGUUUUUAGUUAGUGUUAAGACAUUCCCUUUUUUUACUAAGUAUGACUAAGACAAAACAUUUACCAGGAGGUCCACUUAUAUUUACCACACCUAAUCAAUACUAAUUUCAAUCUUAAAGGCCAACUCUCUGCAUGACAUCACUGCAAUAUGCCCAUACUAACUGAUGAGUUGUAUAUUAAAGUGUCCUGUUUCCUUACAGUGUGCAUUGUUGCACCUUACUGGGAAACUCUUGAAGUACAGUGAGAUUGAGUUAGAAAGUUAGUGUGUUUUUUAACAUUAGAAGAUAUAAAAAUCUCACAGGAACUAGCUUAAGUUCCUUUGGUGACAGUUACCUACUUACACAUCCGGCAGAAAGAGAGCAACACAGGACAUUGGUGUCAUUUUUCCAGUAUUCACAAGCACUUUUUCCUGCUUUGGUCAGACAGUUUUUAAGAAGAAUAUCUGGCACUUAAUGCACAACUAAAUACCUUUCGUCAAAAGCCACUCCGUCAAUCAGCAAGCCAUUAUUUCACCUGGUAAUGUACAACCCAUAUCUGUGAGCAGUGUCUUGAUUCUUGGUUUGAUUCUUGAACUAGCAACAAUUUCACAUUAUAGAAAGUAUUUUGAUAAAUGUUAAUGUAAAAAAUAUUGCUUCAUUAUAUUGCAACCUCAGAAAGAAAAAUCUGCAUAUGGACCAUGCCUUUAUUCUGUCACUGAUGAGACUAUGGAGCUGAGCAGCGAGCUCUAGAGUAAGAUGAAGAGAAAGAUGUUCUGCUGACAUACUGUGAUACUGUGUAACUUCAACACACCCUCGAUAACUCAAUAAAUCUGAUUUGAGAAAUAAAGUUUUUUUACAAUUUGCAUGCCGAUCAUUACUGAGAAAGAUGACCUUGUUA